GUGAACCAGAUCUUCUAUUUGUGAAGCAAGACGAUGACAUGAUUCAAAAGGAAUCACUUGAUAAAAAUCAAAUCAUAGAACAAGGUCUAAUACAUGAAUUAUAUGUACUCAUAUUACCUGAAGAGGUUCCAGAUGGACAAGAUAAUAUCAAAAUCAUUAGCUUUUACGUUAGUUUAAAGAAUUUGAUUUCAGGUUCUGCCCAACACUUAUCUUAUUUAUUUGAAACAGCAAUAAAAUCCAAUCAGCAGGAAAUAUUAGACUGGUACAAUUAUUUUUUUGAAUUUGAAAGCAAGGUUGAUGCUCUUAUAGCUGAUGGUAGAAUUAAGGAUAAAACGAAAACUCAUAGGGCUAAAAAACAUCUUAUGUCAUUUGGAAAAAAUGGGAUUGGACUAGAUAAAAUUAAGCUAGUCUUAUAUAACGUAACUGAGAUUUUGAAACUGACUAAUCCACAAAUCCAAAAUGUCAUAGAUCAAGUAAAAAAAUAUACUAGUGAUUAUCAGAGUCAUAUGACUUUAAUAAAAACCGUUCCCUCAAGGAAUGAUCAAAUUAAGGCUGAGUCAGAAUCAGAGUAA